AUGGACCUCCCCGCGGCACACUCUGAUCUGCGCACGGAGCUGCAAGAGAUCCAGUCCGCCGCUUUGGGUAGGAAAUUCGGCCUCAAGGAUAGGCGGACGAUCGAUCCCCCCCCCGUCGUGCAAGUCCGCGUGUUCAAGACGGUACGAGAUCAAGACGGACUACCGAGCGAAAUCGAGGUAGAAGACUACAGUCGGCUCGAGACGUCUGGCCUGAUCUGCCAUAUCGACGUAUUCCCUCUUUCUCCGCCGGCGCAGCCUUCUGGUGCUGUGCUGAAUCCCACCGAGACGCUGUCCUUGUCCUGCUCGAAAGAGAGCACACCGGUCACUCAAGAGGUUCCCGUACCGCUGACGAUUCUCACGCCGGACCCUCAACCCGGCUCAGACCCGGACCCGGUCAUCGCAUUCGUGAACGGCGCUCCCCUGCGCGAGUCCGAGGCCAUCACCUCGGAGGCGGUCGGCUCUCGGGCGGUGGAAGCAGUGAGCAUUCGAUACGAAGGCAGGGCCAUGAUGAUCUUCACGUUUCCCGACCUGGCCCUGCGUCGAACGGGGUCUUGCUUCUUCAGGUACAGGGCCUUCGACUUACGGUCGGUCGCGACGCGAUCCGUGGCGGGCGUCGGAAGCGGCCCGAUUCCUAUGCUAGCCGAGUGCUAUGCACUCCAGUCCACCGUCAUCUACGACAGCAAGUUCUUCCCCGGUUUACCUUAUUCGACGACGUUGAGCAAGGUGAUAUCCGAGCAGUCGCAAGGCCCGCGCCCAAACAUCCGGCUCCCCAAACACACACGAUGA